GCCCUGUGCGCGAGCCGUCAAUCAGGAAUACAGCCAUCAUGUUCGGUUGACGUGUUUUCUGACUCCGCCUCCUUUUAAAGCCCAGUCCGAGUGAUGGAGUCGCAGUCAGGCGUCUUAGAGUGAUCUCAAACUUCGCUCGGACUUCAACCGAAUUUAGGAAUCAUUUUAGAUAUAUUUUUUAGGAACACUUUGAGCUAACAAGCUAACAGCUAACAAGCUAACGUGCUAACAGCUAACGACCGAGCCGUCAUGUCUACUGCAGGGGACUUUGGGAACCCGCUGAGAAAAUUCAAACUGGUGUUUCUUGGGGAGCAAAGCGUUGGAAAGACUUCGCUCAUCACCAGAUUCAUGUAUGACAGCUUCGAUAACACCUACCAGGCCACGAUAGGAAUUGAUUUCUUGUCAAAAACGAUGUACCUCGAGGACCGAACAGUGCGCCUGCAGCUUUGGGACACGGCCGGGCAGGAGCGUUUCCGAAGUCUCAUCCCCAGCUACAUCCGCGACUCCACUGUCGCCGUGGUAGUCUAUGACAUCACAAAUGUCAACUCCUUCCAGCAGACCACAAAAUGGAUCGACGACGUCAGGACAGAGAGAGGAAGCGACGUCAUUAUCAUGCUGGUCGGGAACAAGACGGAUCUUGCAGACAAGAGGCAAGUAUCUAUCGAAGAGGGCGAGAGGAAAGCCAAAGAGCUGAGCGUAAUGUUUAUCGAGACGAGCGCUAAAGCCGGCUACAACGUCAAGCAGCUUUUCCGGCGUGUGGCUGCAGCCCUGCCUGGUAUGGAGAGCACACAGGACAAGAGCAGAGAAGACAUGAUCGACGUGACGCUGCAGAGUCCUCAGGAACAGCCUGUGAGCGACAGCGGAUGCUCCUGUUAAACCUUGUUCUCUCUUUCUUUUUCUCUCUUUUCCCCCAGUUCCAUCCAUGAACCUGAAGAACACUACUUUGUCCAUCCAUCCGUCCCCCUUAUCCCUCCACCCCCUCUCGGCACUGUGCUUUCCGCUGACUCAGUCAUGACCUUAAGCUCACCAAGCACAACGUGAAACACAUCCCAUGUCAUUUUUCCGUUAAGUUUCUACUCUUUUUCUCCUUUUUUUUAAUAGUAAUUAUUUUAUUUAUAGAUUGUAUGGCUAAUUGCGUAUGGAGGCUUGCAUCAUGAGUGCAUUUAAGUGAUCUAGAUUGUGUCUAACGUGUGAGCACUGAACAACCGCAUUUCUUUUCAAACGAUCUUGACAAAAUAGACAAAUACUUUUCGGCCGCUACUGAUCAAGGUAUUGAUCGAAGGGCUAUAUUCACAUGACGGGCUAAUACCAGUGCAAAUCUCCUCCAACACAAACUCGUGUUGUUUACAAAUUGUUGACAAUAUCCAAGUCUGUAUAUUGAAAAUGGAUCAAUGUCCUUUAAUGGAUUAUGAGUAAAGUGAACACAGAUUACAGAAGCUCUUAGAAACCUAAAGCAGGUUUUCUCGACUGUUGGGUACAUUAACACAUUAGAAAUCCCAGUGUGGUAGCUAUGAAUGAUUUUUUUGUAUAUUAAUGGAAGUAUAAUAGAGGAAAUUUUGGAUAUAUCAAUAUGCAGGCAUGUCUUUACAGAGUGUAUUUUAUAGUGCUUCCACAGGCUUUUUGUUAUUAUUUUUGUGUUUGAUUUAAUGUAAUAUUGACACUAGCUUUCCUCAAUCCCUUUAGAUUUUCUCUUUUUUUUUUCUUUUUAGAUUUGUGUUAUGUAAUAUUUAUUUCAACUCACACAUUUUAGCGUUUACCCUCUCGUGGACGGCUGAUUUUAAGCAGCUCAUGAUACAGUGCAAUUUCUUAGAGGUUCUCAGUUUCCUUUUCUUUUUUCCCCUCUGAAACUUCACUAUCCAUCAACUCUGGCUAGUCUGUUUUUUUUUGUUUGUUUGUUGUUUUUUUAACGGUUUUUAACUUUGUGCUGCUGUCAUGCUGUGUACAAAAGCUUAUAAUUUGCACUGCUAGACUACAUGAGUCUCCUAUUGAUGUCCCUAAUAAAGACCUUUAUUUAGUAA